AUGGCCCGCGCCUGCGCCACCGUCGUCCUCGCCCUCGCGGUCUGCUGCCUCCUCGUGGCCACCGCGCCGGCGCGCCGCCCCGUGGACCUUCCGGCAUCACGGGCGGCCGAUGCCGUCGUCCUCGUCGACCGCGAGGCGGCUGCCGAGCCCCUGCCCAGGCCGGUGGGGGCUGCCGCGGACUGCGCCGAGGCAGCAGCCGAUGAGCAGGGCACCGCGCUUGCUGUGCCCGAGGAGGAGGGCGACGCCGCCCGCGUGGAGGCGACCAGUGCUGGCGCGUCAGCGUUAGAGGUGCGGCCCAGCUCCGAGGAGACGACGACCGCGGAGGAGGAGGGGUGGGGCUGGCCGGCCGUGUCGGGGAAGUCGGAGGACGACGAGAGGCGGCCGUACGAUUCCGAUUCCGACUCUGACUGCGACUCGGACUCCGACGACGAGGACGAAGGAGGCAUCUUGCGGUGGCUCUGGAGGCUGGCGGAUCACCUCUUCUGA